AUGUCCGCCUCCCUCAAAGCUCAGUCGGAUGCGGCCCAGAUUGACGGCAUCCGUUGGCACAACUUCUCGGCAUUCAAGAACCUGCCGCAGGGUCAGGCGGAGAACAACUUCUUCCACUAUUGCGUGGUCGGCUACCUCGUCUCGUACACCUUCAAGGAGUCCGAAGACGACGUCGACGUCACCAUCGUCAUCAGGAACACUGUUGGCAAGAAGCUGAAGCUCGACCUCGAGGACUGGAGGUAUCGAGAAUGGUUCAAAGGCCAGAUCGCCGACUUUGAGAUCGGCACCCUGGCCGUCUUUCGUUUCUCCGACUGCAACCACUCCUCGGUCACUCUCCACAGCAAGUUCUAUCGUGCCGUUCAUGCGAUCCGUCUCAUUCCAGCUCGCGACCUCACCCCUCGUCAGCAACGUGCGCUAGCCAGCAUCGAUGCUUACGCUAACGUGCUCACUCUGCGACAGAUUGACGCCUUCCGCCUGGCGGAGGUGCUGUCCGUCGAGGACUGGGAGGAGAUCCUCGCGCAAAGCUGCCGGAAGUGGGUGAGGCCGAUCCUCGAAAACGUAGCAGCCAACGAGUCAAAGUACGACGACGUCGAUAUGAGCGAGGAUUCCGACCUCGCGAGCUCUGACGACGGCAGCAACAGCGAGGACAACAAGUGA